AUGUCGAUCGUAUUCUCCUCGAAACUCCAGGUUGUAACAGGAGAAGCCCUGUACUCUGGACAAAACUAUUAUACUGGAUACGCUCUAUUCUGGGCUGGGUUGACUGUGGGCUUGUGUAAUUUGAUCUGUGGUGUGUCUGUUGGAAUCAACGGUAGUGGUGCUGCUUUGGCAGAUGCUGCUGAUCCGAGUUUGUUCGUCAAGAUCCUGGUUAUCGAAAUCUUCAGCUCCGUUCUCGGGCUUUUUGGAUUGAUCAUCGGUUUACUAGUCUCAUCAAAGGCAGACGAAUUCAGCGAUGGAAGCAGAUAG